AUGCGUCAAAACGCUUCAUUGGAAGUUGGAACUUACCGUGUAUCCGUCCUGGUGAUCUGUGCCGGCUUAUCUUCGGCACGAUGGCUACGACGUGGGAAAGCGAAUCAACCCAAAGAAACCAGCUUUAUUGGAGAGGCUACCAAUGAACUGUCAACAGCACUAUUACAGGGCUACAUUGAUGACACUAACAACAUUGUGUUUUCUCCCCUGGGCUAUUCAUCCAUUCUUGCAAUUUUGGCUGAAGGCGCCCAAGGAGAAACUAAAGAGCAGUUGGUCAAUGCACUUCAUCUCCCCAAAGAUGAGAAACUUAUUAGAAAGAAUUAUCGCUACAUAAUGGAAAGAUUAAAAUACACCAAUAAAUUUGAAUACAACAAACCUGAGUUACAAAAUUAUUUCUAUGUGUACAAAAACUACUCUAUCAAUGAAGACUAUAAGAAAAUACUGCAAGAAUUCUACUUAACAGAUGUAAGAUCGGUAGAAAGAUAUUCAAACCUUGGUGAAGAUGAGGAAGACAAAAAAAUUCAAGAUAUCGAACCUCCAAACGAAAAUGAGGAGAAACUCAUAACAUAUGCAGUUGAAGAUAAACCAGAGAAAAUUGAUUUAUCUCAAAUAACUUACAAACCAGCUAAAAAUAUUAAAGAACAAAUUAAAUUAGUCAAAAUUUCUAACGAAGAAGUUAGUAAUGAUGAAGAAGAGACCAUGGUCGCUGAUGAAGCAAGAAACCAUAUUAGAAACCAACGCGUGCUCAUGAACAAAAAUGAUAUUGCUUCAAGUAUUUCUGUAAAUGGUGUUGGGAAAAAGGACAGUGAUCCAAAAUCAACCUCAAUUAUGAUAAUCUUCAACGGCAUGUACUUCAGAGGUUCGUGGAAGAAGCCGUUUGAUGUCAUUGAACCAGGUCUAUUCUAUAAAUCCAAUUCUGAAAAGAAACAUGUAAUGAUGAUGAAGACUAGAGGAAAGUUCAUGACUGGAUCGUUGCCGGAGUUGGAUAGUGAGGCACUGCUUCUGCCUUAUGAUGGUGGUAGAUACGCCUUACUAGUAGUAAAUCCAAGAUCCCGAGACGGUCUCAUGAGACUAACAGCAGACCUUCCAUCGGCCCCUAUUUCUGACAUCAAGGAUAGUCUUUUUGAAGAGGAGCUUCAAGUGUCACUGCCGACUUUCUACGUCAGUACCACUACGAAACCCGUCGCUGCUUUAGCUAAGUUUGGUGUAAGCCGAAUAUUUGGCCGUGACGCAGAAUUAUCGGGAAUAUCAACUAAGGAAGGGCUGUUCGUUCAGGAACUGGUUCAGAAUGUUGUCGUGAGGGUAGACAAUACUAAUUCAACUGCGUCGCUUAUUGGAGCGAGCGAUGUUUUGGAGCUCAAGAAUGUACCUUUGAACGAGCCUCGUCGUUUCUGCGUUGAACACCCGUUUGUGUUUUACAUCAUUGACUGUUUGGAUAAUUUAGUUGUUGUUGCUGGAAAGGUCACUGACCCCGAACCACCUAACGAUAAUUUUUAA